AUGUUCUUCCGUCCUUCUGUUUUGCUUAAUGCUGCAUCGCGCGCUGCUUCUGUUUCUACUGUGAGCCGUCAAGCUGCUUUCCGCGCUACUCCCGCUGUCCUCACUCGUCUUUAUACUACUGGUGGUGUUCCCCGUGAGAAUGUCGAAUCGCGCGUUCUUGAUAUCGUCAAGGGUUUCGAUAAGGUUGACGCCUCCAAGGUUACCAACGCCUCCAACUUUAUCAAUGACCUCGGUUUGGAUAGCUUGGAUGCUGUUGAAGUUGUGAUGGCCAUCGAAGAAGAAUUUGGUGUCGAGAUCCCUGACAAGGAGGCUGAUGAAAUCAAAUCCGUGAACCAAGCUAUUGACUACAUUGCUUCCCGUGCUGAUGCUCAAUAA